UGUAUUCUUUCCGUUUUGUUGAUGACGUCAGCGUAUGACGAUAUCGAUGAUAAUUUCGACCACAACUCCCAGUUGAAUGAUAUAAAGCAGUUACGGCAGCUGCUCGACUGUUUCUUAGACAAGGGUUACUGCACUGAAGUCGAGAGCCAUAUCAAAGCACAUCUUCCGGACCAAAUUAUAACGAAUUGCCAGAAUUGUGAUACGGUACAGAAGCAUUUUGCCCGCAUCUUCUUUAAUAACGUGAAGAAGAACUUUCCAGAGGAAUACGAGGAGUACAAGAAGAAAUAUGACUUAGAUGGAAAGCAUUUGGAGUCACUCGAAAAGGCCAUUUCCACCUUCUGA